AUGUCCAUCAUCAUAUCUGAUGACGAGUCCAUGUCAGCACAUGUCGUGUCUCAACCACAACAAACUGUGACACUUUCAUCACGACUCACCAACGCCAACAACGAUGUGACUCCGGAGCUCUCAGCCCAUAGGAACAAACCUCCCAUGCCUGCCAUCAGCACCCCAGUGCCAGUACCAACCAGCAGCAAGCAAGGAGCAGAGGAUGUGGUAGACAAAUGUGCAUCUGACGAGGGUGCAAUGGAAAAUGGACCUCAUAACAAUGGUGCCUCCAGCCCAUCUGUAAUGGAUACUGCAGACGAGACUCUGAGCACACACAAUGCAACACCUAUGGACACCGAAGAUUUUUUAUCUGACAUUGAUGUACAAGAUAUAUCCACAACCCUGACUGUUCAACGCAAGGAAAAGAGCCACGACGUUAGCACAUUUUUCGGCAAGCCAUACGCACACAAGGCCAAGGAUGGAAAGACUUGUAUGGUCUGA